GACCGGUCCGAUUUUAAUUACAUUAUUCAUCUUGACUUUGGCCAUUGACUUGAUACGUUGGAUGUAUCCCCAUUUCCUCCUAUAUAUAAUGAGUUAGAAUGUAAACAAAAUUACAUAAGCAAGAUAAAAGUUGAAAAUCUGUGGGUCCACAACCACUCUUGUGCUCACUAGGUUUUUAUAACUUGCAAGCCACUAAUUUUCUCUCAUUUGCCAGAAACAAAGUUUUGUUGGAGAAGCUGCAAAGAUGUUUGCAACAUUGAAAGGUCUAAGUAAGAGAGGCCAAAAGGUGAAGGGGAGAGUGGUGUUGAUGCAUAAGAAUGUUUUGGACAUUAAUGCCCUCACUACUGCUAAAAGUGCAGCUGGUGUAAUCAAAGGUGGAGUCAAAAUUGCUAAUUGUGUUGCUGGCAAUAUACUUGACACCGCCACUGCAGGCUUAGGUUGUUCAGUUGCUCUAAGGUUGAUUAGUGCUACCACUGCUGAUGAAAGUGGAAAGGGGAAAGUGGGAAAAAGAACCUUUUUUGAAGGUUUUGUUACCUCAGCACCAAUUUUGGGAACAGGACAAAAUACAUAUGAUGUUCAUUUUGAAUGGGAUAGUGAGAUGGGAAUUCCAGGAGCAUUUUAUAUUGAAAAUUUCAUGCAAGGAGAAUUCUUUCUUGUAAGUCUAACCCUUGAAGAUAUUCCUAAUCAAGGAGACAUAAACUUUGUUUGCAACUCAUGGAUUUACAAUGCUAAAAAGUACACAACUGCACGCAUCUUCUUCGCCAACAAGACGUAUCUUCCAAGUGAAAUGCCACCUCCAUUAGUCUACUACAGACAAGAAGAAUUAAAGAUUUUACGAGGAGAUGGAACAGGUGAACGUCUAGAAUGGGAAAGAAUUUAUGACUACGAUGUUUACAAUGAUGUUGGUGAUCCUGACUGUAAAGCUAGCUUGGCUCGUCCUGUUAUUGGAGGAUCCAAAACCUUGCCUUACCCUCGAAGGGGGAGAACCGGCAGGAAACCAUCUAAGAAAGAUCCAAAAAGUGAGAAACGAAGUGAAUUUAUUUACCUUCCAAGAGAUGAAUCAUUUGGUCACUUGAAAUCUUCGGAUUUUCUUGUUUACAUACUUAAAUCAGUAUCUCAAAAUGUCAUACCUGCAUUAACAUCUGCAAUUACAUUACAAUUCAAUCAACCAGAAUUUAACUCCUUUGACGAUGUGCGUACGUUCUAUGAGGGUGGAAUUAAAUUGCCAACUAAUACACUUAGCAAAUUCAGCCCAAUACCAUUUUUCAAGGAACUCCUCCGAAAUGACGGUGAAUCAGCCUUAAAGUUUCCAUUGCCUAAAGUGGUUCAAGUGAAUAAGUCUGCAUGGAUGACUGAUGAAGAAUUUACAAGAGAGAUGAUUGCUGGUGUUAAUCCACACAUCAUCAAAAGACUUCAGGAGUUUCCACCAAAGAGCAAACUAGAUAGACAACUGUUUGGUGAUCAUACCAGCACAGUAACCAAAGAACAGUUAGAACCAAACAUGAGUGGAGUCACAGUUGAACAAGCUAUCCAAACCAACAGACUGUAUAUACUUGAUCACCAUGAUACAUUUUAUCCAUACUUGAGAAAAAUAAAUGCAGCUGAUACAAAAACAUAUGCUACUAGAACCAUCCUAUUCUUACAAACUGAUGGAACUUUGAAGCCAUUGGCCAUUGAGCUAAGUAGCCCACAUCCACAAGCUGAUAGCUUUGGUCCUGUUAGUGAUGUUUAUUUGCCUGCAAGUGAAGGUGUUGAAGCUUCAAUUUGGUUACUUGCCAAGGCUUAUGUUGUUGUAAAUGACUCAUGCCAUCACCAACUCAUCAGUCAUUGGUUGAAUACUCAUGCUGUGGUUGAGCCAUUCAUCAUAGCAACAAAUAGGCAUCUUAGUGUGGUUCAUCCUAUUCAUAAACUUCUACUUCCACACUAUCGCGACACAAUGAACAUUAACGCACUUGCAAGGAAUGUCUUGGUAAAUGCAAAUGGUGUUAUUGAAUCGACAUUCUUGUUAGGAAGAUAUUCUUUAGAAUUGUCUGCUGUUGUGUAUAAGGAUUGGGUUUUCCCAGAUCAAGGUCUGCCAAAAGAUCUACUCAAAAGAGGAGUGGCUGUAGAGGAUCCAACUGCCCCACACGGCCUUCGCCUUCUGAUAGAGGACUACCCUUAUGCUGCUGAUGGACUAGAGAUAUGGGCUGCUAUUAAGACAUGGGUUGAUGAAUAUGUGAAUUUCUACUACAAGUCAGAUGCAGAUAUUGUACAAGAUUCUGAACUCCGAGAAUUCUGGAAAGAUCUUGUAGAGGUGGGUCACGGUGACUUGAAGAAUGCUACAUGGUGGUAUAAGAUGCAAAAUCGUACGGAUUUGAUUGAAGCUUGCACCACCCUCAUAUGGAUUGCUUCGGCACUUCAUGCAGCGGUCAAUUUUGGACAAUAUCCGUAUGGAGGAUUAAUCCUUAAUCGACCAACUAAAACUAGAAGAUUAAUGCCUAAGAAAGGAUCUCCUGAGUAUGAUGAACUUGCUAAGAACUACCAGAAGGUGUUUUUGAGGACAAUCACACCAAAGAAUGAUACGCUUGUUGACUUGACCGUCAUAGAAAUCUUGUCAAGACAUGCUUCUGAUGAACAAUACCUUGGACAAAGAAUCGAAGGCGAUCUUUGGACUUCGGAUACACAACCAAUAGUUGCUUACAAGAGGUUCGCUUCGAAAUUGGCUGAAAUUGAGCUAAAACUUGCUCAAAGGAACAAUGAUGAGACACUAAGGAAUCGACAUGGACCCGUGAAUAUGCCAUAUACUUUGCUUUAUCCUUCUAGUAAGGAAGGAUUGACUUGCAGAGGCAUUCCUAAUAGUAUCUCCAUCUAAAGAUUGUUAGGCUUGUUGUGUUUUUGUUAUGAAUAACAGAUGAGAAGGAAAUCAAUUCCCUCAUCCCUCUAUCUAUUGUCAUGUUAUUAUGUAUGUUUGUCUGGUUUUUAUAAUGUUUUACUUUAUAUUAAAUGUAAGAACUAUAUAUUGUAUCUGUUGUAAUGAUUUCAUUCAUGAAGCAUUGGUCAAUUUUAGGAUUUGUGUGCA